UUUAUAGUGCUGAAUUUGUGAUAUAAUUCUUCUUUUAGAUGAACUUUUCAUUUUUCAUUUUUGCAUUACUCAACUGGCUGCACUUAACUCAAGGUGGAUGCAGCCGCAUGUGUUUUUUUCAUACCUCUUCCUCUGCUACAACGAGCUUCUAUCCUUGGAAUUUAGAUGCCAAAAUAAGCUCUUUAUGCUCACACUUAAUCAUCGGCUUUGCAUAUACUCAAGGUUUUGCAUAUCCCAGAAUAAUAUAUCACCCGAAACUGAGAGAAUUCAUGCCGAGAUUUAGCUAUCUCAAGAAUGCUGGUCUUAAAAUUCUGUUGCAACUGUUAAACUAUCAAAAUAAUUUGGACGAUACUUUUUACGAAAUGAUCAAGUCGCCCGCUAAAAGACGUAUUUUUAUUGACAAUGCUGUGGCAGAAUUGCGUGCCUCAGACUUCGACGGUGUGACAGUAAGAGAAAAAAUAAUAAAUCCUCUGGACAAUUUUAGGAGCGAGUAUCUCCUUUUUCUUCAGGAACUGGCAGCAGCAUUUAGAUCUGAGGCAGCCAGAACAGGAAGACCUAAGCUGCUUUUGUUUGCAUCUUUGUAUGACACAUUCAAAGUGACGAGGCUUGAUGUUUUUUCUGAUGUUAACGGAAUAUGUCGAGAGGUGGACAUGGUCAUUUUGGAGACACAAGCACUUCGUCCAAACAGCCCACAAAAGUAUCAUGCUCACCAUAGUCGGUUAUAUGGCGAAUACCCAGAAGAUUCUUCUUCUAUUAAUUACAUGACCAAUUAUGUCAUUUCGAAAGGAUGUGCUAAAGAAAAACUGAUUAUAUCAAUUACUCCAACCGUCAGUGCUUACUGGGAAAUCGACCCUGAAGCAGAAUUUAACAAGCAAUUUGUAAUAUUUGCAACAAUUGAAAAUUACAAAAUAUGCCCUAUACUGAGAAGUGGCUAUACAGUACAUAGAUUAGAGGACAAGUCUCCUUACCUGAUUGGGCCAAGAGUUGAUGGUUUUUACUACUAUUUCCGGGGAAAUUUUCUGUAUUACUACGAAGAUGAAGAUAGUAUUAAAGUUAAGGUUGAUUACAUUAAACAAAAAGGUCUUGGUGGCAUUCAUCUUUGGGAAAUUAGUAAUGACGAUUUUGCGAAUCGUUGUAAUCGAGGCCAGUAUCCAAUCUUGACAGCUAUAAAUAGAGACUGCAGGUAAAACAAUUAUUAUGAGGAAGUUUUGGAGUUACUGUUGGUGGAAGCACAUGUGUGAACACAGAUCUUUGACAUUGUUUCCUUUCAAACUAAAUUUACAAUAUUUAAAAAAAAAUCACUACUUUUAUUUUGCUAAUCCUGUUGUUUUAUUUUUAACUUUUUAUUUGUUAUUAUCUAUUGCUCUAAGUAUGCAUCAAUUAAUCUUCUGA